AUGAAUUGCAGUAUUACCAUCUUACAAAGUUUAAAAAGAUUGCAGAGGAAUAAUAAAAAAAAGAAAGCACAUAACAAUGAUAAUGCAGCGUCAAAUCAGUUACGUGGCGUAGGCUUUCAUGGUGACAGUCCCGGACAACUUGCCUGUCCAGAUGAUAAAAAAGCAUUUUAUCCACCUGUUGCGGAACCGACACCAUCAACAAAAAGAAAACGAGAAGAAGCGCUUGAAAAAGAUAAAGAGGAAAAAAUCAAGGAAGGAUUCUACCAGUCUCGAUCUGAUGAAGACGAUACACUUGAACCAAUCAAGAGCCUGAAAGAUGAAGAGACAGACCCAACGGAUAAAUCAAAUGUGUCGAAGAAAAUCAAAAGAGUGAAAAGUGCUUCACAUCGAGAUAGUCAAAACAUGAAAUUAAAAACUCAUGCAGAUAACGAAGAAUAA